GAGAGAGAGGAUGAUACAGGACAGGGGGGUAGAGAGAGAGAGAGAGAGGAUUGAAAAUAUUGGCCUAGUCCAACAAGUCACUGAUCCAUUCCCUAAACUUCAUACCGUCGAGUCCUCUAAAAAGUCUUCUCUCUUCCCUCGUCUCUGUUCAUAUCAGAGUCUCCCUUUUGAACAGUGGAAAUUCCGUUCAUUGAGUCUCUCGCCAAGUCCUGUACUUUUUCCUUGGAUUCCCCGAAAGUUUUGGUGGGUCGUUCUAACUCUUCAAAAGAAGCCUCCUUCAUAGGUCCUCUUCUCCAACUCUGUACGGACGCCAUUUUAGCUAAUCUUUACUCCAUUUUAGUCACUUUUCUCUGCAAUUAUUAUGAUGAAGUGUUAUCGUUGAGCGAUCCAAAUUUGAAAUCAGCUUCUGCACCUUGCAUAUAUCUUUGUAAAUCUUGAACAGAUAUGGGUGUAUAUCUCAGCACUCCCAAAACCGAAAAGUUCUCUGAAGAUGGGGAGAACGAUCGGCUUAGAUUUGGUUUAUCAUCCAUGCAAGGCUGGCGUGCAACCAUGGAGGAUGCUCAUACUGCAAAUCCUGAUCUUGAUCCGUCUACUUCGUUCUUUGGUGUUUUUGAUGGUCAUGGAGGCAAGGUGGUUGCAAAGUUCUGUGCUAAGUAUCUUCACCAACAGGUGCUCAAGAGUGAUGCAUAUGCUGCUGGAGAUAUAGGAACCUCGGUUAAGAAAGCCUUUUUCAGAAUGGAUGAAAUGAUGCGCGGACAAAGGGGCUGGAGGGAAUUAGCUGUUUUAGGUGAUAAAAUAAACAAGUUUACUGGCAUGAUAGAAGGGUUGAUUUGGUCUCCAAGGAGCAGUGAUAGCAGUGAACAGGCUGAUGAUUGGGCUUUUGAGGAGGGGCCUCAUUCUGACUUUUCUGGACCAACUUCUGGGAGCACGGCCUGUGUUGCAAUUAUUAGAAACAACCAACUUGUUGUUGCAAAUGCUGGUGAUUCUCGUUGUGUGAUAUCUAGAAAGGGUCAGGCAUACAAUUUGUCUAGGGAUCACAAACCUGAUCUUGAAGUUGAGAAGGAAAGGAUUUUAAAGGCUGGUGGUUUUAUACAUGCAGGACGAGUCAAUGGCAGUUUAAAUCUCGCUCGAGCUAUAGGUGACAUGGAAUUCAAGCAAAAUAAAUUUUUGCCUGCUGAAAAGCAAAUUGUAACUGCUAAUCCAGAUAUAAACGCUGUUGAGCUUUGGGAUGAUGAUGAUUUUAUCGUGUUAGCAUGUGAUGGCAUCUGGGAUUGCAUGUCGAGCCAGCAACUGGUUGAUUUUGUUCAUGAACAACUAACCUUGGAAAGCAAGCUCUCUGUGGUGUGUGAGAGAGUGCUCGAUAAGUGUUUGGCACCAUCAACAGCCAUAGGCGAGGGAUGUGACAACAUGACCAUGAUCUUGGUGCAAUUCAAGAAACACAUUCUGCCCACAGCAUCUGCUAAUGAUCAAUCCUCACCAUCCAAACUAGCUGAUCCUGAAUCAGAAAUUGAGGAAGGCAAAUCAAAAUAGUUGCUGCCAUAUAGCCACAAAUCAGAUCCUAUACUGGAUAACUUUCACCAGAAGAAAACGAGAGAAUCCCUAUUUUCUUGAAAUUAUGGGCUCUCAGGUAUUUAACUGUAGAUGGCUUUGUUAGAAGAUAUUGGGAUCAAUUAUUAAGAAAAAUGGGUGUAAUCGAUGUGCUUGUUUAGGUUUGAGAAUUUUUCGAUGCCACAAACUUGAAUAAAAAAUGUACAGUUUCAUAACAA